CGCUCCCCUUCCGGGUGGCCUUUCUCCCGUUAGUGGAGCCCAACCCUGAAGCGAUGUUGUUUUCUUCGAGGUGGGGGAACUGCACUGCCCAUGAGCCGGUGAAACCAAGCGGCGAAACAAAAACGUGCGGAGGCCUUUAAAUGAGGACGCGCGGGACUGGCUGGGGGUUGUGGCGCUUUGCAAGUCUAUACUCGCAAUGAGCCUCCGACUUCCGCCCCUCCCUUGAGGCCGCGCAAACUCACAAGGGGGAGAUAAGUCCGUACAAAAACAUGGCGGACCCCUCAGACCACCGGGACUUGUAGUCUCAAGUCGGUCGACUCCAGCUUUUGGCGGCCCAGAGAACAGCUUUCCCUGAGACUACAAGUCCCAUGAAGCUAUGUGGCCCUUGGAAAGCGCGAAGAAAUCAUAACAAGAUGGCGCCUUUCCCGCCGUGCCGGGAGUUGUAGUCGGUGCCGCCUUGCAUGGUUCUUCUGACUUAAUAAGAGACCGAGCAGAAACGGGACUACACUUCCCGACGGGCUCCGUUUUUUGCUGUGGGGGAAGGAGGAGGAGCGGAGGAGGAGGAGGAGAAGGAGAAGAAAGCUACAACAUGGCGGCUGCGUCCAUUCCCACGAACCGGGCGCUGUGAGGAGCGAAGCGCCAGGAGCUGGAGCAGCUCUGACUGUGCCAGGUCCUGGUUCCGGGGGUGCCCGCCCCGUCGCGGAAGUGGGGCCUGCACCCCUCCGCUGCGCGCGGCCAUGGGGGUGCAAGGCUUCCAAGAGUUCGUGGAAAAGCGCUGCCCGGGGGCUGUGGUGCCCGUGGACCUGUUGAAGCUGGCGCGGGCCGUCGGGGGCCGUGGAGGCGGGGGCCCUGCCUACUGCGCCGCCUUCCACCCCCCUGCCGGCUACCCGCACCCCGCCGGGGCCGCGCCAGGCCUGGGAGCUGUGGUCGGUGCUGGCCCCUACGGUCACCCGCAGCCCUCGCCCGGCUUGCCCGGCCCAGGAGCCGGCCCGUGCCCAGCUCGGCUCCUGGUGGAUGCAGAUUCGGCCUUGCAGCGUCUCUACGGCGGCUACCAGACGGACUGGGUGUGUGGGGGCCAGUGGAAUGCUAUGGUGGGCUACCUGGCUGCCCUUUCGCAGGCCUGCCUCUACCAAGGCGGGCUAGAGCUGGCUGUCAUCUUCAACGGAGGGCUCGGGAAGGAGAGGCUGCCUGAGUGGGGCAGGAAGGCGCAGGCGGAGAGACAGACAGCCCAGCUCAUUGCUGGGCAUGUGGGCAACAAGGGUACCCCGCCACCCCGGGCCUGGUUCCUUCCCCCGGCCUGCUUGGGGCACUGCGUCCGUUUGGCCAUGAUUCGAUUCCGGGUCAAGGUGUUCCAGAGCCUGGAGGAUCACCAUCAGGAAGUGGUAUCCUUCUUCCGGGAGAAUGGUUUCCAUGGGCUCAUUGCCCAUGACUCUGAGUAUGCCCUCUGCAACAUACCCUCCUAUUAUAGCUCCCAUGCCCUCAAACUGAGCUGGAAUGGCAAGAACCUCACCACCAACCAGUUCCUGAUGCAAGAAGUGGCCAAGCAGCUGGGCCUCAAGCUAAGCAGCUUUCCCAUCUUUGCUGCCUUGCUAGGGAACCACAUCCUUCCAGAUGAAGAUUUGGCUGCCUUCCAUUGGAGCCUUCUUGGACCCGACCACCCACUAGCUUCACUCAAGGUGCGUGCCCAUCAGCUGGUCCUGCCACCCUGUGAUGUAGUCAUCAAGGCUGUGUCCGAGUAUGUCAGCUCCAUCAAAAAUCCCUCCAACUUGGAUGUGAUAGGGAGAGAUGUCUUCAAGCACUCCCAGUCCAGGACCGAAGAUAAAAUUGAGCGUUUCAAGAAGGCUGUAGAAUACUAUUCCGUGGCCACGAAGGCACCGCCUACCCCAGUGGGCCAGUCCCCGUAUGUUCUUCCAGCUUUUGGGCCCAACCACUUUGGAGGGGCAGCACCUAUGAACCGCAAUCCAAUGGUACCGCUCCCUUCUGGGAAAGCUGUGUUUGCACCUCAGAUGGGGCCAAAGAUGCAGUACCACCCACCUUCCACUCAUGGCGGUGUUGCCACCUCUUCGUCUUUCCUUCCCGGCCCUGGCUCCAGUUUUCUCUUCUCUCCGCAUGGCCUGGUGGAUGCAGCCCCUUUCCAUGAGGACCCUGCUCUGAAGGGUGGACACUUCAACAACUGGCCUGGUUCAUAUGACAACUGCCACGCCAAGUUCCCCAACCACCACCUGAGUUCCAAACCCUCCCCAUCGUCUGGGCCUGGGUCUUCGCCCUCCUCCUCCUCUGAUGGAGAAGAGCACAACGGAACCACCUCCAACCACGUCUCUGAAUCCGGACCUCACAAGUCUGGCUGGGAGGAUCCUGGGGCUGAGAAGAGGAUGAAUCAGGGCUGGGGGCAGCCGCCUGGGGGCACUGGCAACUCGGAGAGGAGCCUGAGCGGCCCUGAGGCUCACAUUCCUUCGCUGCUCUCCAUGGCCACUCGCAACCACAUGGACAUCACCACCCCGCCCCUGCCCGCUGUUGCCCCCGAGGUGCUUCGGGUGGCUGAGCACCGGCACCGGCGGGGGCUUAUGUACCCAUUCAUCUACCAUGUCCUAACGAAGGGUGAAAUCAAGAUCCCAGUGUGCAUUGAAGACGAGUGCAACACUGAGCUGCCGCCAGCAGCUGUCCUUUUCCGGGCUGCACGGCAGCAUGUCUAUGGUGUCCUCUUCAGUGUGGCUGAGACCCAGAGGCGGAUGGAACGGCUGGCUGUGCGCAAGCGUAUUCCUGUGAAAACUCCUCCUGUUAUCGUCAAGGAAUGGUCGGCGUACAAGGGGAAAUCCCCACAGACUCCAGAAUUGGUAUCAGCCCUUGCUUUUCGAGAGUGGACAUGUCCCAACCUCAAGAAGCUGUGGCUGGGCAAAGCAGUGGAGGACAAGAACCGACGCAUGAGAGCCUUCUUGGCCUGUAUGAAAUCAGACACCCCCGGCAUGCUCAAUCCCGCCAAUGUCCCCACACACCUGCUGCUUAUGUGCUGUGUGCUACGAUACAUGAUACAGUGGCCUGGGGGUCGGAUUCUGCAUAGGCAUGAGUUGGACGCCUUCCUGGCCCAGGCUGUGUCUGCUCAGCUAUAUGAGCCAGAUCAGCUUCAAGAACUGAAGAUUGAGAAGCUGGAUCCCCGAGGAGUUCAGCUGGCUGCUCUAUUUAUGAGCGGAGUGGACACAGCCCUCUUCGCCAAUGAUGCAUGCGGGCAGCCCGUCCCUUGGGAACAUUGCUGCCCAUGGAUCUACUUUGACGGGAAGCUUUUCCAGAGCAAGCUAAUCAAAGCCACGUGGGAAAAGACACCCCUGAUAGACCUGUGUGAUGGACAGAAUGAACAGGUGUCCAAGGUAGAGAAGAUGAGGCAGAGCAUCCUGGAAGGCAUCAAUUUCAACCGCCAGGCUCCGCCUCCCCUGCUCCCACCUCCACCCUUUGUAUCUUCCAUGGCCCCAUCCUUUUACCCUAUGCCUCUCUACCCUCGCGCCAUUGGUUCUGUUCAGCCUUCAGCCCCUGGGAGGACCAGAGGCUUCACAGGUCUUCACCCUAUCCCGCCACAAGGAGGCAAAUUGGAGAUUGCUGGCAUGGUGGUGGGCCAGUGGGCUGGAAGCAAGCCAUCUCGUGGGCAGGGUUCCUUCGGCAUGCAAGUGGUAUCCGUUGGAGGCCCAGGAAAAGGCCGUGGUCGCGAUAAUUCUGGAAAAAUCCCCAAAGGAAACAAGAAAGUGAGCAAGCAAGGCUCUACGGAAGGAACUGCCAAGACACCAGAGUUCAACAAUAACAACAAUGGUGGCACCAACAACAGCAGCAGCAGCAGCCAUCCUCAGUCCCAGGUGAAUGGGAAUGGGGGUACCACCCCCACGGUGGGCGAGGACCCAGGGGUUGGAGCCUGCCCCUCAGCCACAUCACCUUGUGCCUUAGCCAGAGACGCUGACUCAUGCAAUAACAACAGCCCGUUCUUCGGGACGCUGAGUGGGGAUCCUGAACGGUGCCCGGAGAACAAGCUUUCCUUCCCAGCUCUGCAGAAAGAGGAGUGAAUGGACGCCGCUGUGGGUCCGAUUGGUUGGCAGUGGGGCGGUGAAGAGAAGUGUCAUGGUGUUACCAACUAGUGGGGCGGGGGGAAGAUACAACACUUCUGCAAAUCCCCAGAAUGGAAACAUUUGAGCUGGUGAGAAUGGUUAAGUGGUGGGGAGGUCCAGGAGCAGAGCUUUCUUGACAACUCGCAUUUGGAGGGUUUGUGUCAUGGGUGCUUCUUCUUCCCUGUGAGUAGCAGAUGCAGCCCUGGAGGGUGGUGGAGUGACAUGGGGUGGCUUGGGGCUCUUCUCCCACCUUCGAUGACCACACCAGCGCUUUUUGCUCUCUGCCCCUUGAAUUCGCCAUCGUGCCAAUCGGAUCCAAAAGGGCGGCAUUUUUUUUCCUUUUAAAAAAAUUAUUUGAAUUUGUUUUGAUUUUUUUUUAAUUUUAUAGGGGGGGUUGUUUUUAGGGUGCAAGAUUUAUGGUAAUUCUGGAUUUGGGGAAUGGGAUAUUUUUUAAAGGAGAAAAAGCUGGCAAGGUUUUAUUUUAAAAUGGGGCAGAUUUUUCCUGCCUGCCUUGUUAAUUUCUUGCCAGCUCCCCCACCAGCAGGCCAAACAGCAGUGUUGCUUGGAGGGGUGGUGGUGGUGGCAAACAGCAUGGAGCGAAGGUGUUUUUUUUGGGGGGGGGUGUAGGAAAAGACAAUGAUUUUUAAAAGAGAGAGAGACAGAGCAGCACAGCUACUGCACCUUAUACUCCCAAGUGUGUAUAGCGGUCAGCUUGUGCUUUUUAUUAUAUAUAAGAGAGAAAGAGAGAGAGAGAUUAUAUUUAUAUAUAACGUGCAUAGAGCUAUAUAUAAAUAUGAACGUGGCAAGCCCGGAAAGGGUGAAAACGUUCCUGGGAGACAACUUGCGUUCUGAAAUGUGCUAUGCGUUCUUUGUGAAUUAAAGGACCUGUGUCUCCAGUGGCCAGCAGUUGGCGCUGCUAACAGGGCUGCUGGGGCGGAUGAACCAGGCCUCCUGAUAUCAGACAGAAAACUUCUUAUCCUUCAAGCGGACGAGCACUUACUGUUACAAUUCCAGGACUGUGAGCAAACAAAUAGGGCUGGGGCUGUAAAGGGGUUUGGGGCUAAGGGUGGAUUGUCACCCCGUUGCCAUGGGGAGGGUGGUGGGGAGGCUGGAAGUCAAAAGUAUCAAACCGACCCAGAGCCUUGUGGGGCAGAGAGGGAAGGGUAGCCCAGGAGAACAUAAAGCGGUUCAAGCGAUUUACCGUUCUAUAGGCUGAGUUGUGUGCACCCUGCAGUUUCAGCAAACAAUCUGGAAAUCAGUGCAGGGUUUGGCGUUCUCAAAUCACAGCUUUUGGUUUCAAAGCAACAACUAUAUUUUUAAAAACAAAACAAAAAAACCCACUGAUAUUUAAUAGGGGAAUGUUUUCAAAGGGUUUCUUAGAAGAGCUAGUCAGGGUUUUCAGUGUGUUUGUGAGAUGGCUGGGGAGGUUUUAGGGCCUUGCACAACCGCCACUGCUUCUCUUGUUGCUGGUAUCUCCCCCCCCAUCCCCCCGUCUCACACCAUUCCUUUCUGCCCCCUUCAUCCCAUCCAUGUCCAAUGCCAUCUUACAGUUCUCUUGGGAAGCUGAAUACAGUGAUACCUUGGGUUACAAACCUUUCGGGUUACAAACACUUUGGGUUACAAACUCUGCUAGCCCAGAAGUAGUACCUCGGGUUGAGAACUUUGGCCCAGGAUGAGAAUGGCAGCGGGAGGCCCCAUUAGCAAAAGCACGCCUCAGGUUAAGAACAGUUUUGGGUUAAGAACGGACCUCCGGAACGAAUCAAGUUCAUAACCCGAGGUACCAAUGUAACUGCAAAAAUAAUCCAGUUCUCACACAUACAUAUAUGGCACAAGAGAGACUGUACUGAAACUGUCUGGUUGUUGUUUUUAGUGCAGAGUACACACAGUUUUGCUUAUAUAGAAUGGAUAAAAUGGGUGGUUUUAAAGUGAAGAAUCGUAUAACUGAGGUGGGAGUUUGGGUGAGCAGGAUUAUAGUUCUGUUGAAAAGAGAACUCUAACCAAUUUUCCAGCUGCAUACAUCCAUGCAGUCUGAUUUCUGACAUCAUCCAUGGCAUGUGCCUCAAUUACUAGAUUGUUGAUUUUCAUUUCUGCCUUCUGCUAUCAAUCAAUCAAUCAAUCAAUCCUCCAGUAGGCUGAAUCCCCCACCUGAGUUUCUACCAUAAGAGGAACAGAUGAAAAACAGUUGGCCAGAAAAAAUGUCUUGAUGGCUAUUUCUGCCUCCUUGACCAUGAUCAGUAAAGGCAAAAGAAAAUACUUCCUAACGAUGCAUAAUGAGCAUAUGAAAUUAACUGCCACAAGGUAUGGUGAUGGUCGCUGCUGUAGAUCCUUUUGACAAGGGCUUUCGACAAAUCCAUGGGCAGAAGUUUAUUUAUUAGUUAUUUAUUAAGUUUGCAACCUGCCCUUCCUCCCAAGGAGUAUGGGAUGUCAGUUUUGUAAAUGUCUACUAACCUUGAUAGCUGGAUGCAGCCUAAAUGUUCAGGGAUGGAAUACGUUUGAAUUUCAGUUGCUUGGAAGCAACAACAGGAGUCUUUGGGAAAAGGUGGGAGGGGAAUCUGCCCUGUCACCCACUCGGGAAUCUCUUUCUGAACAUAAAAGGGCAGUUAAAAUGUGCCUAAGGCCUACAGCGUGGUGUUCAUACUGUGUGUUGGGAUCUUCCAAGGGGCUGAAAGAUUCCUUCAGGUGCUUGCAAGUGCUGGACCUCUAGGGUGGGGUGUGACCUACAGCUGCUAGAAAAAGUCACCUCCUCUCUGUAUCAGAGGCUCUAGUGAGAACUCUGUAGCCAACAGUUGGGAGAGGGCAAUGCUCUUUUUAGGUUGACAUCUAGAGCAGUUGGGCAAGAGGAUGGCCUGUAUAGCUGGGGAACCAGGCAAGAUUUUAGGAAGCAAGGAAGGGUUUCCAAAGGUUGGAGGGGGCACUGACUUAAAGUGCAGGAAGGUAAUUUGGAUCGCAAGCUCUUAAAGGCAGCUUGAUUCUCACCCACCUACCCUGCACCCCAGUGGGGAACCUUUCCUAUCUUGUAAAAUUAUUGUUGUUCAAAGCAGCUGAAAACCAAACUCCCCAAGUAUUAGAAAUUCCUGUUUGUUCAUAAGUAUUGAAAAUGGGAACAUUUUCUUUUGCAGUUCUGUUCUGAAUAGCAGGGUGGGAAGGAAUCCAGAAAGAAAAACGUUUUGCCACAUUUAUAGGUAAUAACGCUACAAAGUAUCCAAGCAGAAGCACAUUUUAGGGGGCUUUGCAAUACUGUAUACAUAAAUCACCAAGACCCCCUCCAAUCGUGGUCGUCUCUUCAUUCUGCCUCUGAUACUAUUGGAGGCAACCUAGUGAUCAUGACUAGUAGCCAUUGAUAGCUUUAUGGCCCAUGCUUUUGUCCAAUUCCCUUUUCAUUGGGGCUUUAAGCCUGUAACCCUGUACCGCCUCCGCCGGAGUACAUUUCAUUGAAUUCAGUGGGACUUGCUUCUGAAUAGACAGGUGUCAAAUUGCUCUGUCUGAGCCUUAAUUGUUGGGGUCUUGUGAGGAUUCCAGUAAAGCUCAGCUUUCUAAAACAGGUUUCUAGCCUUUGUGAAGCCUUUGUGAUGGAGGUGCAACGCACCAAAGAUUUCUGAGAAUGGAAGAGCCAGUGGCAACUAGCUAGAUGUCCUUAAGAUGUUCACAGAAGGGCAUAAUGGGAAUGUCUGUUUCCUGUUGUUUGUCCAUCAGACAUUUAUUUGGAAGGGGUUGUGGGAUGGGAAGGGUGCAGGAGAGGUUUUUCAGCACAGUUGACAUUCUGCCUUUUCUUCCUUCCUCCUUUUCUUGCUAUGUAGUUCUAAGCCUUUUCGCAGUCCCUUUUGCAGUCUUUCAGUUGGGAGUCAUCAAACUUCAAGACUGUGGAAUCUACUUGGGUUUUUUGUUGUUGAAUCAAGAUCUAGGACCCUGGUGCAAAAUACAUGCUUUUCAGAAUUAUAUAUCCCAGACUUGAUUUAGAGUACAGGAAGUGAAUGGAGCUAUUCACUCUUGGUAAUCUGACAUCCUUCAUUUCAGCAGUUAGACAGACUUGUUUUGCUGUUGCUAAACACAUGUGAGUCAGAAAUCCUUAUCCUACAGAUCUCCAAAUAGGUCUCAAUCUGUUACAUAUAUUUAUUUAAUUGAAAUUUAUCCAUUGCUCAUUCAAGUCCCUUGCAGAAUUUGGCUUGUAGCUACUGGAAUCUUGAUAGACUCUUGAAAUUCAGAAAUGCAGUAGGUAUAAACGGUACUAUAGUAAGUGCAUUGUUUAACCUCAGCAUUGCAGGCUUCCAGAACCUGAUUCUCCCAUACAUACAUUCUUUUGUUUAUAUAUUUGCAUAUCAAAUUGGAGUGUUAAAUCCCCCUUUUUUCUGUAAAGUGGUAACAGGAUGAACCAACUCACACUAAGAACAGUAUUUUCAGCUACCAGUAAUAAUUUUCAAGAAAGAUCUUUCCCAGCUCCUAGAAAUGAUUUUACUAGAAAGGGUGUACGAUCUGGGAUUACAGUAUAUAGGAAGCAAAAAGGCAUCGUCUGAACUAUGAACCUCACCAUUAAAGCUUCCUAAUUAAGCAUUAAAUGUUCUAAUUAAGCAAUAGAAAGAGCCCAGUGUAGAUUUUGAAACAUUGCAGUUGUAGGCAGGGCUGUAUUUCUUUUUGAAUCGUCUUCAGUCCUAUUCUCAUUGGUAUGCUAUGACUGUAAAGUAAGACAGAACUUAAAAUUGUGUAUUGAGGGUUUUAGAAUUAGGGUUUUCAGAAAAGGCCCUAGCUUUAGCCUCAAGUGGAUUAAACCAACAGUCUUGGGAAACUGGUGGAGAACAAGGAAGUGUUUUAAGUUUUAAUUGUGCCCUGUCGCUGAAUGCCCUCUGAUCUGGGUUUGGCUUUAUGAUAACAGAAAAAACACUUUACUCCCAGGUGUGAAGAGUAAGUGUAAAUCUUCCUUACGCAAUAAUACUUCCUGUCACAAAUGAGACACUGUUCAACCUCUUCAGUUGGGCAUGCAGUUGUCAUAUGAAGUUUGAGGAGUGGGAUUGCAACUUUAAAUGGUGACUUUGAGAGGAGGGAUUUAACACUCUCUUUCUCUUGGGGGUGUUUCAGUUGCUUUUAGCUUUGACAGUAUUUGCUGGGAAGGAAGACUUCCUCUCCUGACCAAUGGCACACAUUUCCAAGCAACUUAACCAUUGCCAGUUCUGAGGUCUUGCCCCAGAGCUAGAAAGACGCCUGCCUGCUUGAGCCAUGCCUGCAGUCACACAGGCCUCUGAGCAUGCAGCUAUAUUGCUAUGAUAUCAUGUAGCCCAGGGGAGCAGCUGGAUCUGCAUCACAGGUUUCUGUGAUGCAUUUCCUUAUACACCACAUUUCCAGUGCAUGAGAAAUUGAAACUGGAUCAGAUUGCUGCCCCCUUUUUAAACCUUUUAACAGUGCCACCAGGCAAGCUAUUGAUUAGGUGGUGGGAUUGAUUUGACUUGUCUGUCUGUCUGUCUGUCUGUCUGUGCAGACUGUUGGCAUUACUGACUACUGGGUGCAAAUUAGUCCUCUUCCAUUGCGGUCCCAUCCGUACAGCACAUCUGAAACAGUACCAUACCACUUUAAGCAGGGUGGUGUAACAACCCCUCUUGCCAGGAAACGCUGGGAAUUGUAGCUGUGAGGUGAAUUGAGGUCUCCUAACAGCCCUCGGCACCCUAACAAACUACUGUUCCCGGGGUAAUUUGAGGGAAGCCGUGCUUUAUAAACGUAUGGUGCAAAUGGAGCCAAAAACAGGAGAGUUUUGGGAAGCCCUUAUUCCAAACAUUUAUAUAUUCUGUGAUUCUGUGGGAGUACAGAAUGUGAUACUGGGUACAAAAUUCAGCAUCUUGAGCAGCCCAGUCUUUAAAAACAAAACUUUCUAAUUUUUAUGGAUAUUAAAAUAAACCUCGGAAGUGUGUGGGUAGAAUCUCAGUGAAGUUGCAGGAGUGGCUGGAUAAGUUUUUCACUUUCAGAGUAGGGCUUCUCCCCCAUUAGAACCAGGCUAAAUUUGGCAAAACCUUGUUUAAAAAUGAAUAAAUUAUGCAAAAUAAGACUGAAAAUGUGUGUUACUUGCAUAAUUUAUACAGGUAGAAGAAUUCAGUAUCUGAAGAUUUUAGAUUUUAUCUGCUAAAAAGGUAGCAGGCAACAUGCAUCUUUAAAAUAUCUCUUAAGAGAAUGAUGGGAAGGGGAUAAUUAAUCUUGAGGAAUUUAAUUUUAAGCCUAGUGUUGCAUGAAAGCCAAAGAGGUAGAUGAAAAUUCCUAGGUUUGUUUCUCUUGCAUAAUAAAUCCGAAUGACGAAACACCCUUCAUGCAUAUCUAUGGACUUUAGUUUAAUUGCAGUUGGAUAAUGCUACCAUUCCCACUAGUGUUACUGAAUGUAAAAGAGCAUCUCUCAUGUGAUGGACAUCAUGCUAUGAUGCAAGAGCCAAGCUAACCUGACCUAUGUUCUUGCCCUCAGAGGUCCGGUUCCCCAUCAUUCAGAAUGUACUGCAGCUGAGCAAAUACCUUUUUUUCCCCAAGCCUUACCAGACUGGUUUGGCUCCAGCAUGUGGAAUUGGAGCUGGUCAUAUACAGACUGGAGACUGCAAUUUGUGUGAUACAAGAAUUCAGGCAUCACCACCCCUAAGUGCAAAUGAUCUAGGGGAGCACUGAGAUAAGUCUGCUGUGGUUGAGCUGGAAGAUUCUAAAACUUGCAGUCCUGUAGAAGUUAGUCUUGCUUCUGGGAAAAGUGGAGAAGCCUUCGUUCCUUGGUGUUGAUAGUACUCAUAGAUCAGAAGUGUAGUUUGGAUAUGACUGUUGGGCAAGGGCGGCUCUGCUUUGGUUGGAAUGAGAUGAGCCAAAGUCCUUUGAGAAAAUAAUACUUGACUAUUGAAUGAGGGCUCUUUCAAACUCUUAAAGCAGCUUUAUGUAUAUUUAACCUUGCGGCAAAACUGUGCUGAUUCCCCAUUUCUUGCAGCUUUUGAAUCUGAAGCUAAUAUUGGAGGUGCUUUUGCCUAUAGAGCCAGGAACCAGCAGUCUCUGCAAAUGCGCCUAGCCAUAACUACAGUAGAUGGCCCCAUAGCUAUUUUUUAUAACAGAAAGUUUGAUUAUUUAAAAAUAAUAAUAAUGAAGCCCUGAUUUGCAAACUUCAAAAAAAUUUAAGUGCAGAUUUCAAAAUUCAGAUCCUUUUGUGAGACCAGAAAGCUACAGUCCUUGAAUGUAGAUAUAACUCUGAAUACACUUCUCAUGAUCCUAAGACGCACAAAAGGGGAGGUUAGCACGUGGCCUUGCGAUGGAUGGAUCAGUCUGUUUCAUGUGUCUUCAUUCAUAAAUCCAUUCCAUUCAGUUUCUGCAUUACUCUGGAUUUGUUUUGAAUCCAUAUGGAAAAUUGUAUCUAAAAACAUAUUUUAACUCUGUAUAUACCGUAUUUUUCCGUCCAUAAUACGCCCCCAUGUAUAAGACGCCCCUAUUUUGGGGGGACUCUGAUUUAAGAAAAUGGGAAAGAUCUAUUGUAUAAUGGGGAAAGAUUCAUGUAUAAGACGUCCCCAAAUUUUGGGCAUUAUUUUUAGGGGGGGAAACCUAGUCUUAUACACGGAAAAAUAUGGUACAUUUUUAAAGGCAGCCCUGCUUAGGGAAGUUUUUAAUGUGCGACAUUUUAAUGUAUUUUAAUCUUUGUUGGAAGCCGCCCAGAGUGGCUGGGGAAACCCAGCCGGAUGGGCAGGGUACAAAUAAUAAAUUAUUAUUAUUAUAUUAUUAUAAACAUUUUAACUAGGCAUUUUGGUAUUUUUUUGAGACAAUGCCUGUGUCUCAUUAAUUCAGAUAAAUGCAAAAUCUAAGGAUAAUUAAAUUCUAAUUCAUAAUGGGUCUGGAUCGGGUCACUUUGCAUCAGAAUUCACAGAAAUAAAAUUCCUCAGGCAUCUGUAAUGAGACCUCUUUUCUCCACGUUUCCAGAAAUUAGUCACCUUAGCAUUGCAGGCUGUCUGUAAAAUUAAGGACUUUUCAAGCAUCUUGCAGUGCUGCCUGUGGGAGCUAUUGUAUGACAAAGACGCAAAAAUGUAGAGCUUGAAUGGAUUGUAACUUUGUGAAAUGAAUGUCCUAAUCAUGAACAAGCAUCAGGUUUCCCUUGUGAGGGUGAGCCUGAGGUAAUUGUGGCAUCAGUUGGACCCAAAGAUUAUGUUGAGUUGCAUGGUUCAUUCUUUGAGAGCAGAGCUCUCAAAUGCAGUGUUCUUGCUUUUCAUUUGGCCUGUGUAACACUUGGACUCUCUCCAGGGCUGGAUCCUUGGGUGGUACAAUCUUGGCAGAGUUCCUUUGAAGUCACGGGAUCUGCAUCCCACAUUCAGAGCCAUUGAUCCCCAAUGGAGUAAGGUCCAUUAACAACAGCUGUAGGGAUCGUGUUUAUUAGAAAUAAUUGCCAUGUUACUAACUUUGAUGCUGAGAAUUAACUGAAGUAAUAUGACUUUCCCCUGCCCUGUGCAGUGGACCUUAAAUGCUCAUAAGGAAGGCAAAAUAUGUUCCUGUGUCCAAAUUUUCUUCCUCUUAGCAGGGCUUUUUUUCAGCCAGAACUCACCAGAAUUCAGUUCCAGCCCCUCUUAGGUGGGCACCAUUGCCAUUUAUAAGAGAACAAGGGAGGAGUUCAUGGUGAGUUCCGGCACCUCUUUUUCUAGAAAAAUAGCACUGCCUCUAAGAUAAAGAAAGGUUCCUUUUUAAUAUGAGUUGAAGUGGGAACAAAUCUAAUACUUUUAACUUCCUGUACUAGGCUCCAAUUCAAGAUUCUCUAAGCAUGUUUCUUGAAGUCUUCAUAAGGAUCUAAACCAUACAAUCAAAGGCAUGGAUUUUAGCAUGCUGCCUUCAUUGUUUUGUGGGGGGUGGAGGGUGGACCUUUUAAAGCCAGCCUACUGACCCAUACUUCCUGCAUUUCUCUUACAAAUAUUUCAUCCCAUCCUAAGUAAUGCGGGAUAUGACUCUGGCUAGCCAUUCCCAAGGAUGGCUACUAGUCAACUUAGCCAACCAGUUAAGAGGUUUUUUGUCCAAAUAUACUUACAAUACUUGAAAAGACUUUGAAGCCUUUUCAGGGGCAGCUUUUAAACUUUUUCUGAUGUCGUUUAGAAUUCCACCUUUCCUUGGAUUCAUACACAAACAAACAAGCGAGCCCUUAGGUCCCUGGGGGGAAGUCACAGACAAACAUUAUGACAGGGACUUGAAUUCUUGUGGAGGGGAAUAGGGGUAUCCCUGUCCACAGAUUAAAUGUGUGUACGCUAGAGCCUGUGAGGAAGGCACAGAGCCACUCAGUGGCCAGUUGGCACAAAGAACCAACAUUUCCCCCUAUCACGCAACUGUAACCUAGGCUGCAAAUCCUCAGUAUACUUACUUGGGUGUAAGCCCACUGAAAUAAUGGUGUUUCUUUCCAAGUAAAUGUUAUUAGGAUCAAGCUGCAAGAUGAAUCAUAAGCUAACUACAAUUUUUAAAAAAUCUUGUUAGCAUAAUUUUACUACCGAAGUUCAAUCAUUAUAGUAGCUAACUUACCUGACAUGUAUUUUGCUAAAUAUGCAUGUUCUUCUAUUUUUAAUUUUAAUCCUUCCAAUUACCCCCACACCAAUCUCUUUUGUAAGUCCAUUAAUUAUUGUUUAAAAGAAAUCUUAACACACACCUGUUUAGAGAUCUUUCAGUCUUUAAUUGCUAUUUACCGCUCAUUGCAUAAAGUCAGAUAGCGUUGCUCAUUUUCUAGUUUUUUUUUAAGAUUAGAAUUCUUUUCUGACUCAAGUUUUGAAAGACCAACCCCCCUUCCCACGUACACUUUAUCUGUCUAUAAUAUUACCCUCGCAGACGGGAUGUACACUUUUUCUGACUUAUAACCAUUGCUCUUGUAUUUUGGUAGAUGCUUUGUUGAUAGUAACUAAAUGCCUAGUAAGAUUUUAAAAGUAAAAACUUCAAUCUCAGUUGUUACUUUAAGCCAAUCUUUCCCCUCACACACCCUCUUUGAAUAACCUUGGAAGUUGCAUUUUUACCAUAUAUAUCUCCCCGUGACCACCUUUUAAAAUGUUUAGCCUGAGAUUUUAGCUUUAAAGGGAAAAAAAAGCAUACAAACCAAUUUUUGAUGAACAGAGUAAAUCUGAUUUUUUUUUCUUGUUAGUGUUCCCCUGUCAAUUGCAAGUUCAUGCUUUAUUUAUGUGGGAUAAAUUCAUUAUUCCCUUCUCUCUUUUUUUAAAUGGAUUUUCUUUUUAUGCUAUAUUAACACCUGUUCUUAGUGGAUGGAUAAAUGUUAUCUUUACUACCCCGACCUUGAUAAACAAAUCCCCAUCUCCCCAAUCCUUGCACCCCACACCAAGCUCCAUAGGUUGUUGGGUUUUUUAAUCAGUGUAAGUUCGGACAGGUUGCUCUAAAUCAGGGGAAACUCGCAGUAGGUUUGCAAUCAGAAAGCUUGGGUGUCUUUUGGGAAUGUUUUUGCUGGUGGAAUCCUGGCGCGUUGUUCAUCUGUUGAUGAUGGAGAGAGACUUACAGUGCUUAAUAAAUUCUAUUCUUUUAGUAAAAAAUAAAUAAAUGGUGUGUUUGUA